AGUAUCGUAGCACAGCAAAUGUAAUUUAACUUGUAUUUGUGAAUAUUUUUCAAUCACAAAGUGUAAACAAACGAGCGGUUAGCAUGAGUGAAUCAAUUACCGCAAAGUACCUAGACCGCUGAAAGCAGAGAAAUCUCAAAAGUUCUUCCGACUUUUUUAUCGUCGUGGAGUCGGUGGUGGUUGCCAAAAAAAAUUUUAAAUCGAUCAAAUACAGGUCUGAGUUACACUCCACUACAUAUUUGUCCAAAACACACUUUGAAAAAAAGGAAAAAAAAACUCAUACUGUGCUCACAAAGUUAGUCUCAAGACGAGAAAAAUAUUGGUGUACAAUUUUAGUGACUUGUAUGUAUGGAUGUCGCGUUCUGCGAUCUGCAGUAGAAGAAACCUGUCUAAAAAUCUGGUUGGAAGCAUACAGUCUUGAUCAAAUUUUCUAGAUUCAAAAUUAUUAUUAUUCUUAUUAUUCUUCUUCUUCUUCUUAUUAUUAUUAUUAUUUUUAUUUUUUUUUCCCAGCAUUUUAUUAUUAUCACAACAUUACUUACAUCACUUUCACUGCAAAGCGCAAGGUUAAAAAAAUUACAUUACAAGAAGUAAGAUUACAACUAACACUUAAUACACAAUAUAUCCAGUCUUGCUUUGAGGCUUACCAUAUAUUAAAUUAUUACCAUUUACAGUAAGGAGAGGAGAGGCUUCCAUAGUGACAGAAAUUUUGCCUUUUGGCCUUUAGAAUAGAACAAAGCUUGGGGGUUUAAAUUCGAUUUUUUGUAGGAAGAUGUGUCUCUUGCCAUGAGGGAUAUAAUAAUUAAAGAUAGGCAUUUUAGGAAAGAUAGAUAUAUUCAAAAUUAUACAUGUACUUUGUCUAUCAAAACCAUCCAUAAUCUUUCAUAAUCCUGUCACUUGUUGUCAUUUAAGAAAUAGAAAACAUGUACAGUGUUUUUAUCGAGUUAUAGAAACAUGAAUGGAAGUUUGGGAGAACAAGAAAUGCUGUGGGAACACAAGUGGCAGAGAAAGACAGCAGUAUCAAAGGAACCAAAAGCCUCCACAGAAAAUGAAACACAAGAGGAACAGCAAAAGGAGAAUUUAACAAAUGAUCAAAAUACAUGUAAUGCCAAACUCACGAGUGAAACAGUGGACAAACAAGCUCCCCAGCCCUCUACCCCAGAAACUGGUCCAGAGUCCUUUUCAGCUGAGAGAAUGCUUGAAUACCAAUGGCCCCCUGACCGGACGGGAGAGUUUUAUGCACUCCGACAUCAAGUUUGUCAGUUCUUAGAAAUUGAAAGUCUUGAAGAGAAAUAUCCAGAUCUGGAGAAGCAUAUUGUAGCAGAAGAUGAGAAACUAUAUGUCAAAGAAAAAGGAGUUAUCACUGAUGAAAUUCAAGAAUUAGUGGCAUACAAGACAGAGGAUAUCUGUCAACUUAUGAUCGAUGACUUUCCAAAAAAAUAUCAGGAGUACAUUAGAGUGGCUCAUAUCAGAGAACGUCAAAGGCUCAUUCGUAAAGCAGAAGAAGAGAAGAAAGCACUGGAGACGAGGAAAGUGGCAAACUACAUUAAGCGAGCCAUCAAAGAUGCAGCUGAGUUUAAUGCACAACUGGCCCAGCAGAGAAGAGAAGAGAGGUGUUCAUACUUUGAUAUGCAGACACAAAUAAUUCAUGUCCCAUCCAAUAAGACGACAAGAUUACCAAAGCAAUGCACCAAACCAAGUCUAUAUCCUGUUUCUCUUCUACCAGGACAAUUCCAGGAAUACUUCAAAAGGUACAGCCCAGAAGAACUGAACAACUUUCCACUGGGCACUGUGAUGGAAAUGCCAAAACCACCACUGCCUCCUGCCCCAUAUGUACCCCCAGAACAAGAAGAAUCUGAGGAAUCUGAUGACAUAUCUCUGCCAGAGUCAACAGAAGACGAGGUGAGUGGAAGCAGCUCAGAGGAAGAACCUGAAGAACCUCCAGCAAAGAAAACUCCUGGAAAAUAUAAACCACCAAAACGCCCUGAUGCUGUUUGUGGUAUAUGCUUGAAAGGCCCUGAUACAAACAAGAAAGGAUUGCAGGAGGAUCUUAUACACUGCUCACAAUGCGAAAACAGUGGUCACCCAUCAUGUCUGGACAUGAACACCCAGCUGGUUGCUGUGAUCCAAACUUAUCCCUGGCAGUGCAUGGAGUGCAAGACUUGCAUCAUCUGUAGAGAUCCAUUUGAUGAGGAUAAGAUGUUAUUUUGUGACGAGUGUGAUCGUGGAUACCACAGUUUCUGUGUAGGAUUAAAGCAAAUACCUGUAGGUCGCUGGACCUGUGACAUGUGUGGUAUGUGCGCCUCGUGCUUAAGAAGAUCGCCAGGUGAAGGAAACACUUCCAGAUGGAAACACGAGUACACCAAACCGCGUGACGGAUCCGAGGUGCAGUUUUUACAAACCCUGUGCACUGCGUGUUCAAGGUUAUUCAGAGCUGGGAAUUUCUGCCCAGUUUGUUUAAAAGUCUACCGAAACGACGAAUCUGACUUGCCUAUGGUGUGCUGUGACAUGUGUGAUCGCUGGGUCCACACAGAUUGUGAUGGCAUCGACGAGAAAGCCUAUGCACAACUGGCCAGGACUAAGAGCAAGUACAGCUGUGUGCUGUGCCGCGGAGAGAAACAGGAGAGAAUGGAUUCCUUUCACAGAAAGAACAGAAACAAGACCACCUAAAAUUACACAUCACUAUUUAUUACUUGGUGUAUCUAACUUUUAUCGGUAUUCUCUUGUUAAUAGUCUCAUAAAUAAUCUUGUGCUCGCUUUGGUAAAGUUCAAAGCCUGCUACCGUACUCGUGUCACUUGGUUUUAGCCCGCUCAUUUAGAGAAGUAUUCCGUUACUGUUUUCAUCGCGGUCGUUGAUGCUCACUUCAGGUGAAACGCGCGCAAAACCGUCCAAACGUGCCUCUUUUACAAAUUGGGGCAAAUUUCGCAAACGUGCUGGAGCACCAUCGUAAUUCAGCCGAGCUGGUAAAUUCGGUGUUGAGAAAUCUCGAAACGAACACGGCCAAAAUGAUCAUGAAAGAACCAUGCCCAGAAUUUAAAGAUAGAACUAACCAUUUUUCAUUCCAGAUUAGAUGGUACACUAUUCAAAUAUUGCAAUACUGUGUACUCGGACAGCUUGUAUAUGUUAAUUCCAGAAUUGGUCAAUAUCUAAUAGUUCAAGAGCACAACAUUCGACUGAAGAGCGUCAUGUGCCAUUUGUAGGCAGUCACUGUGGGAUCCGAUAAGAAAACAUCGUGUUGCUGGAUCUGGUAACCUUUUUGCGCUUCUUGCGGCUUCCGGCUCCUGCGGCGUAAUUUUCAACUUCUUGCGUUUCGACAGCUCUUGCGGGUAAACCUCAAAACACGUCAGUUUCACUUUUUUGCUGGCUUGCGUCUUUUUGCGACCAAAGAAGUUCUUGCGCCACUUAUUGCGCGUGCAUUGUGGGCCUUUUCUGAGAAAAAGGACAGACCUUUGUUGCGUUCCUAUUUAGAUGGGUCUCUUCUCGAACAAGGAGAACAGCGGAAUACUUUUGAUGGUUGUCUAGGCACAAGAAAAGAGGGCAAUUGUUGUAGUCUUGAUCAGAUGGACGUCUGGUCAGAAACGCGUACAUUAUGGCUUAUAGUUGAGUCUAAUCUGAGAUGGGUCUCUGCUUAUGACCGAGAAGUACGAGUCUGCCUAGACACAAUAAAAGGGGCCUUAUAUUGUAGUCUAAAUUAGAUGGGUGUCUACUCUGGGAGACAUGAAAUAUAGCGUAUACUGCAGUCUCACCUAGAUGGGUUUCUACUCGUACAAACGAAGUGACGGGAAAAAAAUCAUUUUAUUUUAAACCAGAUGGUUGUCCGCUCCGAGGGACAAUGAAAUAAGGCUUAUUUGGUUGGCUGUCUAACUUGGGUAAAGGGCCUAUUUUGCGGUUUUAAUUAGAUGGGAGUAUCCAAACACAGAGAAAAAAGUAGGGCCUGCGAUACACCGCAGAUUCCUGACAAAAAAAAAAA